GGCGCGUUUUGCUUUAUAAAUAACGCGUGGCGCGUAGCCUAUCGCCGGCAUAGUCUAAGGCUAGAAUUAUGCACUGGUUAAGUUACGUUAGUGUUUAUACGAGUAAUUAAAGAAGUUUGACACGGUAUCCGACGGCUUGUCUUUACGACUCCAUCCGCCUUUCGUCGACCGAACGGCGUUUCUGGAUCGAUGGUGAUGCGAGCGCCGACUACUAAGGUAUAGGUUGGUGGGAGCGCGGCACUAGCGAUGUUUGUGUGUACGCUAAACAUGACAGUGUAUUGUCUAUGUCGCAAGUAAAGCUCACUCCGGCGAUUGCGGACACUCUGAUCCAGUUUUCGAAUAAAUCGGAUGUUCAGGUACGAAGAUAUGAUCGAAUUAUUCAACAGAUGCGACUGAUAUACAUCCAUAAUUCCAUCCUCUUCGUCGACAAUUGUCCUCAAGUCUAAAUGUCCGUUAACGAUAACGCAGUUAUUGGCCAACAUGACCUAUCUCCAGUCUCCGACUUAGGGGACCUGCCUUGGUACAUACAUCUGUACACAGUCAUGGGGGCUGCAUUGUCCAUCUCCAACCUUUCACAAAGAUUUAUCAAAUUUCUUCGCCGAGCUCUGGCGCGAAGAUCAAACAACGAACUCGAUGACUUCGACUUUAACUUCGUGAGAUUCAAACCCGAACGAAUUGACGCCUUAUGUAAAAGAACUAAAUUCACCAGAAAUGAAUUGAAGUUGAUGUAUCAAGGUUUCAAACAGGCAUGUCCAACUGGAAUUGUCAACGAGAACGCUUUUAAAGACAUUUACGCAUCCUUCUUCCCUCAGGGUGAUGCUUCUUUAUACGCCCAUUACGUGUUUAAACUCAUCGAUCAGGAACAUAAUGGUACAAUUAAUUUUCAGGAUUUUGUAAUUGGAUUAUCUACCAUAUCCCGUGGUACUGAUCUGGAGAAACUUCAGUGGACUUUUAACCUGUACGAUAUAAACGGGGAUGGAAAAAUCACUAAAGAGGAAAUGUACGAGAUAACGACGGCGAUAUAUCUUAUGUUGGGACAAUUUACUGAACCUACUGUAGAAGAGGAUACGUCAAAGGAUCAUGCCGAUCGCGUCUUCCAGAAACUGGAUCUCAACAACGACGGAGUAGUGACAUUUGACGAAUUUGUGGAUAUUUGUUUAAGGGACGACAACUUGAUUAAAUCUAUGAAUUUAUUAGAUACGGUCAUGUAAAAAUCGCUAACCUCAGUUCACCCAAAGACUUUUUAAAAAAAUAUGGAUCAAAUUCGUCCGCCUCUUUUUUUCUUCUUUAUUUCUGUAUUGUGGAAUGGCUGAAAUACAAUAGCCGUCCUCUACUACGUUGUGUCAUCACUACCCAAGUGCCAACACACCCUCACCCCACCAGAAUCACCAACUAAUCUAUCUGAACUGUUGCUCACUACAUGUCUUUCGGUAUUAGUCGAUAACAUUCAUGGCUUUCGUCAAUAACUCUAUUCCUAAAUGAAGUCUAAAUUGAGCAUUCCAUACUGAAAAAGUCAGUAUCACUAACAGUUAAUGUAUAUUUAAGAAAAGACUUACGUUGGACCAGCAAAUAUUCGACGCAUGGACGGCGAGAGUUGCAAAAAUUGCCUCUCUCUGGGCCGGAAUAAUCAAAAAUGUGAAUUUAUCUGUGUGACGACCAACCCGUAACUUCCCUCCUUUUCAGUGCUACUCUCGUAUUUCCUACGCAAAGGGUCCAGAAAGACGAUGCCACGUAUUUUAAUGGCCUAAUUUAAAAUAUAUCAAACGAUUAGUUUAAGAAAAACUAAACAACGAUAAUCAUCAUAUCUUCUGUGUGGUCCACACUAUUUUAGAACUAUUUUAGCCGAAAAAAUAAGAAUUUUAGUCAAGGGAGCGAAAAGAAAAUUACAAAUUUUAGAAUGUAUAUAGACAAAGAAAAUAUAUAUAUUUAACUGAAAUAUAUAUAUAUAUAUAAAGAUUUCUUCAAUAUAAAAAUUCAACAUAUUUUAUAUGAUAUCUGCUCAAUUAACUUCUAGCUAUUAAUAGUAGUUAGAUUUAUAGAUUUAUAAUAAAAGAAGAAUCAUUUCCCUCAUUAUCUCUAUGGCUGUUUUUGAGUAUGCAUGUUUGAUCCAAGUGAUAGCUCUUCUCUAAUUAUUUAGCAUGAAAAUAUAUGUAUAUUAUGUUCAUGAAUGGUCAAUAAAGCACUGAUUUUUAUCGAUUUGUUUUC